GGAGUGCGCAUGCUCCGCCGUACCGGAAGUCCCGUGGGGAAGGUUCCGGAGCAGCGGGAGAAGUAGGAUCCGAGGCAAGUCGCGGAGGGACAGAGAGCUAUGGUGUAGGCCUGGAGUGUGUAGACUUCUUGUCGGAGUUGUGUGCAUGCACACAGAGCUUCAACCACAUUGCAAAGUGCGGACAAGAAAAACACUGGAUUUCUGACAGGAUCCACAGAGCUUUAACCACAUUGCGGACAAGAAAAAUACUGGAUUUCUGACAGGAUCCACAGAGCUUUAACCACAUUGCAGAGUGCGGACAAGGAAAACACUGGAUUUUUGACAGGAUCCACAGAGCUUCAACCAAAUUGCAGAGUGCAGACAAGGAAAACACUGCAUUUCUGACAGGAUCCACAGAGCUUUAACCACAUUGCAGAGUGCGGACAAGAAAAAUACUGGAUUUCUGACAGGAUCCACAGAGCUUCAACCACAUUGCAGAGUGCGGACAAGGAAACCACUGGAUUUCUGACGGGAUCCACAGAGCUUUAACCACAUUGCAGAGUGCGGACAAGACAAAUACUGGAUUUCUGACAGGUCCACAGAGCUUCAACCGCAGAGUGCAGACAAGGAAAACACUGCAUUUCUGACAGGAUCCACAGAGCUUUAACCACAUUGCAGAGUGCAGACAAGACAAAUACUGGAUUUCUGACAGGAUCCACAGAGCUUCAACCACAUUGCAAAGUGCGGACAAGGAAACCACUGGAUUUCUGACGGGAUCCACAGAGCUUUAACCACAUUGCAGAGUGCGGACAAGAAAAAUACUGGAUUUCUGACAGGAUCCCCAGAGCUUUAACCACAUUGCAGAGUGCGGACAAGGAAACCACUGGAUUUCUGACAGGAUCCACAGGGCUGUUAUGAACUGAUUUGUGGCAAGAGAUUUCAGAACAGAUUUGUGGCCCUCUCCCCUGUACUGAACAUUGACAAGUGACUCAAGAUGGCUCAUUUAAACAGAAACGCAUUACAGCGCCGUCUGCUGGGAUGUGAAGGAAUAUCGGGUUUGAGUCUUCUGCACUCGGCAGCUGGUAAAAAGCUGGGGAUGUUGAGUGCCAGCCUGUCACAUACCAUAGGAAACAAUGAAGGAGCAGAUGAUGGCGAUGAUAAUGUAGAAGAAAUAACUGAAAUCUCAGACACAGAGGAAGCGGAGACACAUAAAGAAGCUCCAAAGCCAAUCGUAAGGGACCAGCCUACUUUGGUUCCCAAAGUCAGCAAAAGCCACAAGAAGAUUGUCUUAGCAGAGGAGAACAGUCCAUACUCUCUACAUAUCCCCAAGAAUUUCAUCUGUGAGCACUGCUAUGGGGCCUUCAGGAGCAGCUACCAUCUUAAGAGGCAUUUGUACAUCCAUACAGGAGAGCGUCCAUAUGAAUGUGACAUGUGCGAUAUGAAGUUUAUUCAGAAGUAUCAUCUGGACAGACAUAAACGGGUCCACAGUGGAGAAAAACCGUACCAAUGUGAGCGAUGCCAGCAGGCCUUUUCAAGGACGGACAGACUUCUGAAACAUAAGCGGAUGUGUCAAGGAUGCCACACCAACAUUGCCGAGUCAGAAAAUCCUAAGGCUGUGGGAGGAACUUGGCCCUUGAAGACUGAGUUGGACAACACUAAUAUAAGGUCUGGUGCAAGUUUACCUUCAUACUCACCGGGUUACCAUGUUGACAGAGACAUGUUCAUUAGCACAGGAGAGCGCCCCUUUGAGUGUGACAUGUGCGACAUGAAGUUUGUUCAGAAGUAUCAUCUGGACAGGCACAGACGGGUCCAUAGCGGGGAGAAACCGUUCCAAUGUGAUCGAUGUAAGCAGGCUUUUUCAAGGACGGACAGACUCCUGAGACACAAGAGGCUGUGCCAGGGCAACCGUCCACCGAAUGCCGACAUAUAGCUGGUUAUGUAGCUUGUGGUUUUACCUGUCCAUUCAGUGUCCAGAAUUUUUGUUCACUCAGGACAUAAUUCCACCAGUACUAAAUCCCAGUUCUUGAGAGAAUUAUCUAAAGGGACAGAUGACUGAUAAUUGGGGAGAGGGCAUUUUAUCUGUGAUACAACAUUCUUAUUGAACGGAAGUCUAGAUGACUGAAUUUAUACUGCAGUCUUGUCCAGCCAUAAAUGGAAGAGUGAAAGUGAAAAAAUGAAACCAAGGACUAUUUGUGCUUAUUCAGGUAAGUAUUUUCCGCAACACUGGCGGAAAAAAAGUUGGACAUUGAUGUUGAGCACAAAUACAUGGAGAUUUCCGAGCUGAACUAAUAUAUUAUUAGUAUAUAACUUUACAGAUAAAUGAUAUCCCUAGGUUUUAAAGGUGGCUAUACAUUUAGGUCAGACCACCUACUGCACAUUGGCCAGUCUGAAAUCAAAUCUAUUUUCACAGGAUAUGUGUAAUAUCCAGGCCUCGCCCACCCAGGGUGAUAUUCUAGAUCCGUGAUGGUGAACCUUGGCACCCCAGAUUUUUUGGAACUACAUUUAACUACACUGAAGAGUGCAUGAGCAUCAUGGGAAAUAUAGUUCCAAAACAUCUGGGGUGCCAAGGUUCGCCAUCACUGUUCUGGAUCAUCAGGGGAACAGUAUGGAAAUGGUUGUAAAAAUCAAAGGCCGAACUGUUUUUCUAUAAAUGUUUACAUCAAUCUGUUAAAUCACAUAUUCUUUCUUGUCGAGAUGAACCAAUGUCCUGUAAAGGUCAUCACUUAAGAAAAAAAAAGGUGCAAGAAUUACUUGCCGGCAGCAGCUUUGGUUUUACUCCCUAACCAAAAUACACACUUGAAUGACAGCUAUUCUAAAAGUGCUCUCUGGACAUUGGUGAACAUUAAAUGGUUAAUUGGACCAAGCUGGAACCAUUUCCUUUACCAAGACAUGCAUCAGCUCUCUGCACUGUGUGUAGCCUGAGCUAUGUACAGUAUACAGCUCUGGCAGCAGGACGGAGAUGCUGUUUAUUCAGCACACACAUCCCUGCUAUAUCUGUAAAAUGGUCAAUUUGAGCCAAAUAAACUAAAGUUCACUAAAACCUAGAGAUCAGCCUUAAAGUGGUAUUAAACCCAAAAGCAAACCUUUCUUUAUUGCAGUUUACCAGUUCUUAGAUGUGAUGGCUGCAUUUGUUUCUUUAAUUUUUUAGGCUUUCUUUCUGUUAUUUUUAACAGAACAAGCUCUCAUGUAAAUGUAGCCAUUAGAGUGUGGAGACAAACCAUUUACUACUGAUGGGGGUGCUCACAACGAUCAGCUUUUAUUUGUUAAUGUAAAACCUUUAUCCCAAAAGUAAACAACUGUUGCAGUAUCUGCUUGUGUAACUGCAGUGUGAGCUCGAGUUUGGCUUCAGUUUGUUGGGUGGGCUAGCACAUUUAGAUAAACUUGCACUUUCCUCCCUCCAGACUCACAGUUCAGCUGUUGAGAGGUGCCCCUUCAUCCAGAAUGGAGGCAAUCUAAUACUAAAGGUGUAUUACUGGCCAAAUCACCAGGUGAAAACAGGUGGAAAAAAGCCUACAGAAAAUGAAUGCAGCCACCACAUCUAAUGAU